AUGGCCACACUCAAGACCCUUUGCUUCAGAGCAACCACCUUCCCCGUCUGCCCCUCCAAUGUCACCAAUAAUAAAAACACCAGGAGCUCAUCCUGGAAGCCUCCACGAGCAGCUGUGCAACCCAGUUUGCACCUCCCAAUGCGCAGUUUUGAGUUGAAAAAUAGGACUUCCGCAGAGGACAUAAAGUGUCUGAGGUUGAUAACUGCCAUCAAAACUCCAUACCUACCUGAUGGUCGAUUUGAUCUGGAAGCAUAUGAUGAUUUGGUGAAUAUGCAGAUUGGACAAGGGGUCGAAGGUGUUAUUGUUGGUGGGACAACUGGUGAAGGGCAAUUAAUGAGCUGGGAGGAGCACAUAAUGCUCAUUGCACAUACAGUCAACUGUUUUGGUGGGAAAAUUAAGGUUAUUGGAAAUACUGGAAGCAACUCCACCAGGGAAGCAAUUCAUGCCACCGAGCAGGGUUUUGCUGUUGGAAUGCAUGCUGCCCUUCACAUAAACCCUUACUAUGGCAAAACCUCCUUGGAUGGCAUGGUUGCUCACUUUCAAAGUGUGCUUUCAAUGGGACCCACAAUAAUCUAUAAUGUGCCUUCACGAACUGGUCAAGACAUUCCUCCACAUGUAAUUCAAACCUUAGCUGAAAGUGCUAACUUGGCUGGUGUCAAGGAGUGUGUGGGAAAUGAUCGGAUCAAGCUGUAUACAGACAAUGAAAUUGUUGUGUGGAGUGGGAAUGAUGAUCAAUGCCAUGAUGCUAGAUGGGGUUAUGGAGCUACUGGAGUGAUAUCUGUUGCAAGCAACCUGAUUCCUGGUUUAAUGCGGGAACUCAUGUUUGGUGGUGUAAAUCCUACACUAAAUUCUAAGCUAUUACCUUUGAUUGACUGGCUUUUCCACAUGCCAAACCCCAUUGGUUUGAACACUGCUCUUGCUCAGCUUGGGGUUGUCAGGCCCGUUUUUAGGCUACCAUUUGUACCUCUUCCUGUGGAGAAAAGGAUAGAAUUCGCCCAUAUAGUGAAGGUAAUUGGUCGAGAGCAUUUUGUUGGAAAUAAAGAUGUUGAGGUUCUUGAUGACGAAGACUUUUUCUUGGUCAGUCGUUAUUAA